AGGGAGCUGGCAUGGAAGCGUAUUUAUGAGAAUUACACCGUGCCCUGAACCAGGGGUACAGGAUAUACCGUGGCAGGGCUCGGACCCACAAUCCUGAACUUUUUCUGACUUGGGGCCAUUCGACUUGGGGGUGUCUCGGAAGCGAGUGGGGGGGUGUUUGCAAGCGGUGAAGUUUCUCCACCCUGCGGAGUCUUGUCAACUUUCAGGGGCUGAUGCCUGCCUCUCGAAUCGGCUUGCCUUGCUCCUUCUCCCUCUGAGCCUUCCUUGAAGAACAGAAGAAUGGGACAGACGCGCUAUUCAAGACCGGUAUAUCCAGCUCCCUUGGCUGAGGAGAGGGAGCAGCCGACACAGGAUGCCGGGACGGUGGCUGAAGUUCUGGAAUCUGGCGACACCACCCCUCCUUGCAAGAGAAAGAGCAAGUUUGCUGGGUUUGGCAAGAUCUUUAAGCCUUGGAAGUGGCGGAAAAAGAAAACCAGUGGAAAGUUUAAGGAGACCUCAGAAGUUUUAGAACGAAAGAUUUCAAUGCGAAAGCCAAGAGAGGAGCUCAUUAAAAGAGGAGUUCUGUUGGAAGAUGUUGAACAGGACGGAGAAGAGCCAGAGAAGCUCAUUCAUGCUACUUUGAAAAAUGGACACACCAUUCCCAUUGACUAUUCUGGAAUCGUCAAUCUUACACACUUGGAGGAAGAAACUGCAAAGAGGUUGAGCCUUAAGAAAUCCAGUCCCCCUGAAGAGCCAAAGAAACUGCAGGGACCUUACAGCAAUCACCCCAAUUCAGAAACAGAGACCCAUCCGGUGACCCUUGCUCCCAAGCAGCCGCUGCUUCCUCCAAAACGACCGUUGUCAUCCUCUUCGCAGGAGACGAGUGAUCUGCAAACAAGGGAAUUUGGCUUUGGCAACAGCAGUGCAAGGACUGUGUCUUAUUCCACAGCUGCAGCCGCCACCAGCACAACAAAAGGGGGUGCUGCCCCUACCCCUGCACCCCGGACUCUGCUCCCUGCUCCCACAAGUGGCCACGCUUCGGCCACCAGUGCUAGCAAUGCCACCCCGACCAAGCAGCCCCCUGUGCCACCACCCAAGCCUAUUAAUAGGAAUAGCAACCCCUUAAUAGCUGAAUUAUCUCAGGUGAUUAACAGUGGUGCACCGUUGCUGAAGCCUUCACCGCCUCUGCCUCCCAAGAGGGGCCUUCCGCUGAAUGUACCUUCCCUGCUGGAAUCGGCCGCUGCUCCCAAAUCCCCAACCGAGAGGAUCAUGUCAUCGUCCUAUCCUUCCUCGCUACCUCCACACAUGAUCUCGACUCUCCCUCCAGCUGCUCCUUCACCUUCCCUGCCUUCUUACCUUCCAUCGGAAGCCCCCAAUGCUCCGUUGCCCAUCUCCCUGUACGGAGCAGAGCUUCCCUUUUCUACGGAGCUACGGAUGGACAGUCAACAAGAAAGUUUCUCCGUGAUGGAUCCAGCCAAGAGAGUGGCCGAGCUGGGGUUUGGAGAACCUCAAGGGUUUCCUCGGUUGUCCCAGGUCCCUCUGCACAUCCGCAUCCAGCAGGCGUUGAAUAGCCCUUUGCCAGCAACCCCACCUGCCGAAGGCUCACACAGGGCUCACUCGUUGCUCUUCGAGAAUGACGGCUCCAGCGAGGAUAAUGGAACAGUAGGCAGGACGAGGUCUCUCCCUGUGACCAUCGAGUUGCUGAAAGUUCCAGAUGAUGAUGAAGAAGAAGAGGAAGAUGGCUCAGGAGAUGCCUGUCCUUCCAAUCACCACGUGUACAUUGGAGAGGCCCCAAUGGUGGCGGUUAUUCCCAGGCUGAUCCUGCAGACGGUGCAGGAUGAAGACGAGGGGCCAAGUGAUUCGGACUCAGAGGGACCGAUUUUGUACCGGGAGGAAGAGGAGGAGGAGGAAGAUGAAGACGAAAGCCAUAACACGGCCCUGGCCAAUAAAGUCAAGAGGAAAGACACCUUGGCUAUGAAACUGGGGAACAUGGCUCCCCGGCAGGAAUUGCCAAGAGAGAGUACCUUUCCUCGGAAGAGCAAGGAAGAAUGGAAUGAAAUCCGACAGCAGAUUGGGACAACACUAAUCAGGCGAUUAAGCCAGAGACCAACAGCAGAAGAACUGGAGCAAAGGAACAUACUUCAGCCAAAAAAUGAGGCUGAUCGGCAGGCUGAGAAGAGGGAAAUAAAAAGAAGGCUCACUCGGAAGCUUAGCCAAAGGCCUACAGUGGCUGAACUGCAGGCCAGAAAGAUCCUGAGGUUUAAUGAAUAUGUGGAGGUUACCGAUGCCCAUGACUAUGACAGGAGAGCUGACAAGCCGUGGACAAAACUCACUCCUGCUGACAAGGCUGCCAUCCGGAAGGAGCUGAACGAAUUCAAGAGCUCGGAGAUGGAAGUGCAUGAAGAGAGCAAGCAGUUUACUCGAUAUCAUCGGCCUUGAGGUUUUUUUUUUUUUAAAGAAAAACAGCAAGAAGCAUGAACAGUCACUGGAAGAGAAGUGAACUAGCCGUGUUUGUCAUUUCCUGUCUCAUAAGUUGAAGAGGAAUCUUGAGGUUAGCCUUCAUUCACAUAUCCAGAAGAAAAAUCUCUCUUCGCCAGGAAAUGGGCCAGGGACGGGAACGCCCUUGUCCCAAAGACAGCAUUUCAUUGAAAGGAAAUUUGUCACAAGUGCCACGAGAUCACACAGCGGGGGCAGGUCACCAUCGAAAGCAUCAUACCUCAGAUAUACGGCAAUACGAACAGAUGAUGUCCCUUGGCUCCUUAUCUUCUGCCUAAUUCUGAACCCUUUCAUGUCCCAGUCUCAAAGAAGAGCGAGACUAUGAGAGCAGACUUUGGAGCUAUGGAAUGAGACGUGUGCACGUACCUACGUUAUGCUGUACCCAGAAGAAACUUUAACUGACACAUUACUGGAGAUUUGGGAAAGGUGCUUACGGGCUCUUUUUUAGUUACUAAUUUGCAGAAUCACUACUGAUCAAUCGUAUGUUGUCUAGGGGAAGAAUUGUUAAGGUCUAACAUGGCAUAUGCUGCAUUUUUUUGGGGGGGGUAACAUUUUUUAAAAAAUGGACAGCAAGAGACUCCCUUCUACACUCAAAUUUGCUAUAAAGCUAAGAGACCGAAUUUUUCGGGGGUGGGGGGGGCAGGGGAUGCACCUUUAGGCCUGUUUAACAGGAACUGCAAAGCCUGAAAUGAGUUGCCUUGAAGAAGCAGAUGAUGUGGAAUAUACUGUAUUUUUUAACAAAAAACCUGAUUUUUUUUUUAAAGCAACUUCCUGAAACUAAUGUCAAACUUGCCUUUUCUUAGAUUUGUAGCAAAAUGUAAAUGAUUCGCAAAGGGCUUAAACCCAACUUUUAAGGAAAGGAAAGAAAAGAUGGCAUAGCAUUAAUAAGAUUUUAUGGAAUGAUUCUGAAUGGUAUAUCACUGGUCACAUCCGAGAAGUGUGUCCUAUGACGCUGGAGUGAGGAGAUGGAGGGGGGGAUACAACAAUGGGAAUUUGGACGUGUAUUAGAUGUUGGUUCUGUAUUUGAGCAUUGGUUUGGUGGCGCAUCUCUUCACACAUCUGUAAAAGGUCACACCUGUAGAAGCUUAUAGAUGCAUGUAAGCUGGAGGCUGAUAUUCCUGUGCUUCCACAAAUCCAGAAGAAGACCUCUUUUUUUUGCUGCUACUUUUUUGCAACUACACACCUUUUGGGGAGGAGGAUGAUCCAGACACAAGAGGGCAAGAUUCAGAUAUCUUAAAAACAUUGUGCAGAAGAUGGAAUCUGUGCAGUCAAUUGGGUGCAAUCUUUUUGAAUAAACCCCCUUCUGACUGAUUUCAGUGGUAAUUAAGGGCAGCAGACAGCCUAGGCUGGAUCCAGCCUCUUCUUAUUUUUUUCACAAAGAUAUGCUACGCUUAUACAUAUAGGAGUUCUUUCUCCCCAAGAAAUGGUCCUCCUAAUGAGUGAGUCUGGGGGAACACAAGGCAUGGCAAACUUGCCUUUACGCCCCCUACUCUCAUUCCAGCCCAUGCCAGUUGCCUUUCUGGUGUUCCUGUGAAAGGAAGGGAAUGUGGCCUUGUCUUUGUAAGGAGCAAUUUUUUCUUACAAUGCAAGGAUAAAAGCUUUUGGUGUGGAUUGUGGGGAUAAGUGCCAGUGUACUCAUCAUCUGAGCAAUUUUUUUUCCCAUGAUGUAUAAAGUCUCUAUUAAGGAAAUCAUUGUGUUGUCUUCCUAUCAACAAGAUUGUAUGAAAUAAAUUUUUUUAGGAA